AUGUCGGAGGAUGCCAAAUGGAAGACUUCCGUGACAAGAGAUAUCGCUCACAUGCACACCUCGUUGCAACAAGUUCUGCAAACGCUGUCCCUCCCCGGACUGCCAAAUCCACAUAUCCACACCGUAGAACCUACCGUAAUAUUCGAUCAUGACCCGGAAAAUGAGCAUGAAGACUUGGAGGAGGAGGAGGAGGAGGAGCAAUCAUACGACAACUCCCCUAAACUUUCGCCUCUGGCGGAGAACGUUGCUCAGAUACCCAUUGAAUCACUCUAUCAAAUUACUGGCCUCAGAUCCCUUCGUUCCACAGAAUCUGUUACUGACGAACAAAGGCGUAUAUGCAAACAACUUCGUGAUAGUGAUUUUAUCUCUCGGGGACAGAUCAGUGUACAGGACGCUGAACGACUAGCUGGCUACUACAUCACGCGUCUGGACCCUUAUUUCUAUAAUAUGACUGCCCAGUAUGAGGGCCUUGACGACUUUCGACGUCGAUCUCCUACCCUGACGGCCGCAGUCUUAACUGUAGCAGCAUUGCAUGAUGUCUCCGCCAAACCCGACCUUUACUCGUUAUGCAGCAAAGAAUUUAAACGCCUGGUUGCGAAUGCGAUGUUUGAAAGAAAGAUUGACGUCGAGUACCUUCGAGCUUUGGUUGUCGGUUCUUUCUGGCUGAGUGAUGUUGGAUGGACGUUGUCUGGAUAUGCAAUUCGUCGGGCAGGUGAAUUUCACUUGAGAGCAUGCUACUAUCAACUGACGGACUCACUGAAACAUCCAUCAAAAUAUGACAAAGAUCAGCUGUGUGACGCACGUGACGGCCUUCGAUUGCUGUAUCUUCUCUAUAUCUGUGAUCACCAUCUCUCUAUUCUGUAUGGAAGAGCAUCCAUCAUGAGAGACAAUGAGCACUAUAUUCUGGGCUAUGAGAAUUAUCUGGCAUGCUCAGUGGCUUCUGAUAGUGACAAAAGGGUUGCUGCGCAGGUCUCUUUGCUUCUUUUGAUGUCCCAAAUCAGGGAGAGUCUAGGCCCAGAAGAUGAUACAGGAAGUCCAUUACCGGAAUCCAUGCUCCCCAGGAUCAAAAGCUUCGAACGUGACUUGGAAAACUGGGUUUUGCGCUGGUCAAAAACUCAUAAUCCUAACAAGCAUAUUGGCACCUUUCCUGUUAAAGGAACAUACAUCCACCACUACUUCAGCAGAAUCUAUCUCGAUGCCUACGUCUUUCGUGGUCUAAGGACUAACUCAACAUCCCAAAGCUCAGUCAUCCCCCAACCAUUUGUCGAGACGGCUUCUGCUGCUGUCACCGCUGCUGUGAGUAUCGUCAACAUCAUUCUGGAAGAUGUAGAGGUUCAGGUCGGGCUCGCUGGCGUCCCUCAUUACUUCUACGGCAUGAUAGCCUUCGCUUGCGUAUUUCUAGUAAAGGCGGCAGCAAAGCACAGUGCACAGUUAUUCAUCAACCAACAAGAAACGCGGAUGCUUAUAGAAAGACUAUCAACCCAGUUGAGCGCAACCCAGGUUGGUCGUGGCCACGUUAUUCACCGAAUGGCAGGAGGGCUCCGGAAAAUGGCAGAGUCUUUAGCUUCUGGGGUCACUCAACAAGUGCCAACCAAAGCCGCCUUGCCCGAAUCCAGCUCACAAAGCAUGGAUUACUCACCUGGAAGGCCAGCUGUCCCUAUGCCGCUGGAAUUUAUGAACUUCAAUCAGUUUCCGUCGAUGGAUGGAACAAAUGUUGGUUUGGCCGAUUCUAACCUCGGCUUCGGGAUGCCGUUUUUUGACUUUGAAGGCACCAAUAUAGAUAUGUCAAGCCCAGUCUUCUCGUUUCCAAUAUGA